AUGUCUCCUCUGCCCGGUCAUGAUCAUACGUCCAGUUCCACAGCCUCUUCGGACGGCAAAGGGGAUACAGAUUCAGCAGCGAAAGGAGGAAAGUCAACGAAAAGGACGGGUCCUAGCUAUGUAUAUUACCGUCUAUACACCAAACUCGGUGCAUUCGAAUCAAAUCGCCCCCUCUACGAUAACGACCGUUUCAUUGGUCGCAUUCCAACGAAGUCUUUUGCCCCUCCUCACACGGUGGCGUCCAUCAGGCGCUCCCUGUGCAAAUUUGAGGGCCUCUCUGAGCCCGACAAAGCCCUUCUUUUCACACCGCUCUCAAGCCCAGCACCGAUGGAAAACUCUGCGCGCCUCUCUCUUUUUGCUCCUUCUGGACCAGGCCUAUCUGAACAAGAUCCGAUUGUGCUGGUUGUCGAGUCGGAGAAGAGGACCAAGAACAUUACGCUGUCGGAGAAGCUCCCGGAAUGCUCUGAUGACACUGACAUCCACUACGUGUACUAUCGCCUUUAUUCAUCAGAAGGAGAUGGAGACGAAAAGGCAAAGACGUCCUUUGACAAAAGCGAUAUUUCGUUAGGACGCAUCAACACCCUCUUCGUCGCUCCCCCUCAUACUGCUGGGUCUUUGAAAGCACAUAUCGCAAAAGUUGAAGGCCUGGUCACGCCGGGUCAUGCACUCUACAAGGACAUGGAACUCUUCCAAGACAUGACUAGUGAUGCCGCCAUGAGCGACACCGACGUCAUAUCCUUCCAAGGUGACAAUUAUCCUGGUGGUGAUGAAGGCGAUCCCGUAGCCCUUGUCAAUGCAACCGCCAAUACAGCAGCGGAUCAAAAGGCUAAGCCUACAUCAGGUAAAGUUCUCGGCAGAUAUCCACUAGACACCGCGGCAACAAACCGUGCUUUUUCAGAUGGACCAGAUUCAAAGUUCAUGAAACGCGCUCAGUUAACUUCUACUUUCGACUAUGAUAAAUAUGAUUCCGCUUGGCUAUCAACAACCAAAGAUGAGAUCGUUUACACGGAUGGAGUUAGUGUCUCCAAAUUUUACUUCCUCGACUGGGGUAUUUCUUUCCUUUUCUGUUUCGUCACCAAGACUCAUUCAGGAUACAUGGUGAUUAAUUCCAAGGGUGAAAAAGGCUUUGUGAUGUCGAAUUAUGUUCAAUUUAUCUGA